UGGUUUGGAACGCCAGGGUGGUCCACGUCAUGAAUCAGUGCGGAAAAUACAAAGGAGAAGUGCAUCAAGGGAUCACUGCAGACAGAAGAACCAUAAUGUGAGAGCUGACCAGAAAGCAGUAGGAACAGAGCACAUAAAGGACAGCUUGCCUGGAGAUUCCAUAGGUGUGGUCAUGGACUUGGGCUGCGGUUGGGCCACUGCCAGAAUUGGCAUCGUCACUGUCAAUUUGUAACUCAGAGGCUGAAAUGAUUCGAUUCGUAUACUUCAGAGUUGCCAUGACAACAUGAGAGGCAUGAUCAAGUGAAUGGAAGGGGUUGUCUCAGCGGAAAUGGGACAAUGCUGGCUGACCUUAAUUGUGUUCAGUGUGCUCGUGGCGCCUUGUUUCCUCACUGUAUCUUGGUGCUGUUUGCUUCAGACAUUUCUUGGAGCAGGUCCAUGAGAACCUGAACAUUCCACUCCACCAACCCAAUGGGACUUCGCUACAGUUGGGGUUGGCGGUGUAGCUGCGGCAAUUUGGGAUGUCAGUACCAGGUACCAGGUACCACUGUAGGGUUUCGGCCAAGCCUGUCUCAAGCUGCUUAGCAGGGUGACUCCAAGGAGGCUCAUAACCUCAUUCAGUUCCAAGUCGAUUUUCACUUUUCAAAACAACAUUUUGGCUUUUUUCGUAAUUUUGCCAAUUUGAACCUUUGGCCUCUCGCACCUCGCAACAUGGCAACGAACAUUCCAAGCCACAAGAUCAAUCGACCAUGAUGUUGUCGACGACUUGCCGCACUGGGCAACGGACCGUUGUCUCUCGAGUGUUGUUGCCAACUCCCUCAUUGCCAGGGUCAGCAACUACAAGAAUAGCUAGCUCCUCGCUGCUUUCAUCAAACCGUCCCUACAACACUCGAGCUCAUCCCCAAGCACCACCCGUCCACACCAUCCCACAGGCAUUGCAGGAGGUCCUGGAAGAAAUCAAAGCACGCGAAACCAAGAGACACAAGAAAUGGAAGCAACGAGCCAAGUACCUCGAAAAGAAGAAAGAAGAAGAAGAAGAUGAUGAUGAUAGCACGGCAACAACGGCGGCACCUCCAGUACCACCCUAUCGACCACAAGAUUACACGGUCGACCUCACGUUGAACUUGAAUGUCGAUCCCCGCAAACAGGGUCAAGCGCUUCGUGGAUCGCUGGAAUUGCCGCAUGGGACUGGCAAAAAGAUUGCCGUCGUAGUCUUUACAUCCAACGAAACGUUGGCGGAAAAAGCCAAAGCCAUGGGUGCCCUCCAUGUCGGUGCCGAGGAUCUCAUGGAAAAAAUUGCCAGUGGCGAAAUUGCGGUGGAUUCCUUUCAACGAUCCUUGGCAACCUCUGAAGUGCUGCCCGAUUUGUCCAAAAAGUUGGCACGAGUCUUGGGACCACGGGGUCUGAUGCCCAACCCCAAGGUGGGAACCGUCGCAGCAGAAGACAAUUUGUUGGAGUUGCUGGAAUCUCAAUUGGCCGGAAAAGAAGUGCAAUACAGAACCGAAAAGGAGGGUAUCGUGCAUUUGCCAGUUGGUAAGGGAUCCUUUGGAAUCGACCCCUUGUUGGAAAACACGGGGGCCAUUAUGAAAAAGGUCUACGAAAUCAAACCAGAGUCGUAUGGCAAGCCCAAAAAGAAAAAGGCAGGAGGCGGUGGCAAGAAAAAGGCAGGAAGUGCUGAGACCUAUGUGAUUUCCGCCUUUGUCAGUAGUACCUUUGGAAAGGGAUACAAGAUCGAUCUGCGAACGUUGGACCCAUCCAGUGCAUUCUUUCUUAGUGAAGUGGAUCAUUAG